ACGAGAACGCACGUGAAGUCGCUAUUUAAAUUUCAAAAUGGAGGUGUUUACAAACAGUGCUGCGGAGCGUCAGCGAUCAAAAUUGCUCUGAUUCUUUCCAUUGUUGAGCAAGAACUUGUUUCGUUUUGCGAAAGACAUGAUCUUUUGGAGUCGGGGUUCAUUGAAUGAGCGAUAAAGUUGACCUGAGCUUUGUGGCGAGCUUUGACCCAAUAUCAAGAUGAUGGGAGAUCAGCUGAUCUUGGAGGAAGACUACGAUGAGAAUUACCUGGCAACGGAGGAAGAAAUCGUUGAGUAUGCUCAGGUCAUCGGCAUCGAUGUUGACAAGGAGAAGGAUUUGAUGUGGAUCGCUAGAGAGGGCAUCAGUGCACCGUUGCCCAACGACUGGAAACCAUGCCAAGACACCACCGGAGGCGACAUCUAUUACUUCAACUUCACCUCGGGGGACAGCACCUGGGACCAUCCUUGCGAUGAGUUCUACCGCAAGAUGGUGAACGAGGAGCGAGAGAAGAAGAAACUGGGAGGGGGCGGGGCCGGGAGCGGAGGAGGAGGUGGAGGCGGCGGGAAGAAGGAGAAGAAGAAGAAAGACAAGACGGAGAAGAAAGGAAAGGAAAAGAAAGACGCGGGCAAGAAACUUGGUGGGUCUCUUGGGCCCUUGAAGGGUGAAUCUACACUGGGGUCCACCCUGGGCGGUACGGGCACGCUGGGCAGCACAAAGGGCACCGGUCAACUUAAUCCCUUGGGGUCACUCAAGGGCGCGGGGUCAACGCUUGGGUCAACGUUAGGGAAGUCUGGUGUCAGUCUCGGAGGAACGUCGGACUCCUCCCGUUUCUUGAAGGGCAGCGCCGCCAACCCUAAGAAGAACACAGCCAUGUCACUCAAGGGAGCCAGGGAGGAGAACAUCCAGAUGAUGCCAGACUUCUCAGAUGAGGAUUCUGGUACGCCAAGGUUAAAUCUAAAUCUUGACCUUCAAGACAUUGGUGGCUUGGAAUAUGACGAGGAGUCUGAUUCCAGCGAGAUCAAGCUCAAAGGAGUGGAAGUCUCUGACGACGAUGAUGAUGAUGAGGAUUUUGGCAUUGAUACCAAGUUUUCUGAUCGUUUGGGUCUGAUGGACGCCGAUGACCUCAUGCCAGCGAUUGCCGAAGAACCAGAGCCUAUCAAAUCAAGAUUCUUGAAAAGCAACAAAAAGGAGGAAGUGAGCAAAAAAGACGACGCGAAGGAGGACCAAUCAGUCGCGGCCAAGCAGCCAGAGAAGCGGCAACUGGGAUCAGGGGCUUCACUGACUCCCACCGUCAAGGUCACGUCGGUGCUGGACACACCCACCCCAGCGGCAGCAGCAGCAGAGACAAAACCAGAGCCAGAGUCUAUCAGAAGAGAGGCAGAGCCUGAGAUUGAUCUGAGGGCGUUAGCCGAGAAGCGGGAAAAGUUGGAGAAGGAUGAAGAAGAGAAGAUACAAAAAGAGGUUGAGGAAAACUUGGCCAAGAAACGGGAAGAGCACCAGAAAGACCUGGCGGGGCAGGAGGCCAAGCUGCGGCAGGACCACGAGACCUCCCUGGCCCACAUGAGGAAGAGACUGGAGAAGGAGCUGGAAGACGCCAAGCUGGAGCUGCUGGAAGACAAAGAGGACAGGAUGAGGACGAUGAAGGAGGAGAUGGAACAGGCGGAGGAGGAGGAGGCCGAGAAAGUGCAGAAGGAGAGAGAUAAGAACAUCGGUGAUCUGAGAAAGAAAUUGAAAGAGGACACGGAAGAGGAAGAGGCCAUGCUGAUGGAGGGCAAGUCAGACGCCAUGAGGAAACUCAGAGAGACCAUACGGAAAGAACAAGAAGAGCAAGAAGACAAACUAAGAGCCGACAUGGACAAAGCCUUGAAGACGCUACGGGAGGAAGUCAGGGACCUGCAGGAGAAUGAGACGGCCAAGCUGGAGGAGGAGAAGAAGAAGAUGAUGGAUGCGAUCAAGAAGGAGGUGACCGAGAUGGAGGAGAGAGAACACAAGGAAUUGCAGGACAAGAGUCAAAAGGUUCUCGAUGAUCUGAGACACAAGCUUGAAUCAGAGGAGCGGUCAUCUCUGUCUGACUUGCAGAAAACGCAGGACGCAGAGCUGGAAAAGAAGACUAAGGAAAUGAAACACAAGCAUGAACGGGAGAUGGAUGAUCUCCGAGCAAGGCUGCAGGAAGCCAACGCGGAGGAGAAGCGCAGAGAAGAAGACAAGCUACGAAUCUCUCGGGAGAAGCACUCUGUCGUGCAGGAAAUGGAAGGAGAUAUGGAGAACGUCUUGAAGGAAAGGAAACAGGAAGUCAAAGAGGAACAGAGAAAGGAGCUGGAGAAGAUGAGACGAGAGCACGAGAGCAACUUGAAGAAGACCAAGCGGGAAAUGGAAGAACUGGAGAAGAAAGAGAAAUCUACCCUCCAGUCCCAGUGGGAGGCAGAGAAGGAACAGCUGACAAAGGACUUUGAGCUGGAGAUGCGGGACAUUCAACGGGAGUACGAGCGGCGUCGGGAGGAGCUCCAAAGAAGCCAGGAGGAACAGGAGGGCGCCCUGAAUGAGGCGCGCGAGGCCAUCGAGGAGUGUAGGAAGGAGACGGAGGAAGCUCGGAAGGCCCUGGAGAAGGAGGAGGGCAAGCUGAGGAAAAGACGGGAAAAGCUGGAAGCGGACAAAGAGAAACUCGGUCGGGAACAACAUGAGAUGCUUGCUGGUCAGGCCGCUAAGAUGGACCCCGAGGCCGUCAAGAAGAUCCAGGCAGAGCGCCAGGAGCUGCUGGAGUCCAUACAGGAGGAGAGGAUGCGAGUCAAGCAUCUUGAGAAAGAGAAGGACGAGCUACUGGCCGCGGUGCAGAGACUGAAGCAACAGGCCAAGACAUCACCAAGGAUGCCACAGCGUAUGGCAGAGGAGGAUAGGCUUGAUGAUGAUGAGCCUUACACCAAUGGUCAUCACUACUCAGAGGAUGGCUCAGCACCCCGGACCGCCGGCCUGAGAUUACCCAAGACCCCCAGCGCCGAUGCCUUGGACUUGGAGGAGUUAUCCCAGCCCACCCCGUCUCCCUCCAAAGGGGUUCGGCAAAUGGUUCACCCCAGAGAUCUGCUUCGUACACCGGCCGAAAGGGAAGAUUACUUGUUGGGCUCAGAUGAUGACUACCAGGCGCCUACCAGGAGACAUGCGAGUGACCGAAACUCUAGGGGGCGCCACGGCAGUGACAGGAGUCCGCGCUAUACUCGCGGCGGCAGCGACAUUGACAUCAGCGGACUGCCGGAGUACCGGAGCAGAAAGCCCAGACGGCAGGCCUGGGGCCGAUACGCCACCGACUCGGACGAAUCUGAAGACUUCACUGAGGUGGAGAUCAGACAACGCAUGCAUCAAAUUGACACUCAGUCCCGACUCCUGGAGGAGAAUGGUGCCAUCCGCCGUGCCGGGGAGUUCCUGCGGCGACAGCGGCUGGUCCUGCGACAGCGCCAGAGGGCGCUGAACGACGCCAGGCAGGAGUGGAGGAGAGACCUGCGACGUCAACAGACGACUGGGUUGUCACCGGCUGGCGCGUCCAUCCUGGAGGACGUCAGGCUGGGACUGGAAAGGGAGGCCCUGGAGCUUGACAAGGCCAUGGUGGAUAUGUCGACCGGUCGCAGACUCGUCCGAGAGAAAGCCAGCGGGAUCAAGAAACUGGAGACGUCCAUGCAGGACGGGAUUUCUGGGAGUGAGCUGGAUGUCAACUUUCCACAGCUGUCAGUGCCCAACCUGUCUCUCAGCGAUUCGUCUAGUGCCAGCAACACCAGCAUGAGCGACGUUGAGGAAAAGAGCUCCAAAUUGGGUACUUCUCCAGAGAAUCAGGCCACUGCAUUGCUCGCUCAGCUGCAGCAGAUGCUCCAGAACCAGCAACGAGUUUCAUCAACCUCUGUCCCCAGCCACAACCCUGCCCCCGGCAGCACGAAUCCACCAACUGGCACCGCUGCGGAUCCCGUGGUCUCUUCCCUCAACGUCAUCAACCAGCAGUUGUCCAACGUCAUGGGACUGCUGCAACAGCAGAGUCAGAACAUGUCGCCCUCUACUGGUGACAAUCUGAGGACAAAUGUCCCCAAGCCAAGCUCAACUGCCAGUGCUCAACCCUUUCCAACCCACGCUGGUACCCGUCACGCUGGUAUCCAUCACGCACCUGCUGGAACGCACGCUACCGCGCCACCCGAGUCCCGUUUACAAGAACCCAGAAUGCCACCCUCCCAUCAUGCAUCUGGUCAGGCAUCCCACAAUGCAUUGCCGGCCCACAUCGCUUCCCAGUGGUCUCAUUCCGGACCCUCCCCCAGCUACCAAGAUGCAAAUGGAUACGGGACUAUCCCGACGACAGACUACACCGGCUACUCUGGGCCAGUCGGAGGUAGUUACCCCCGGACCAUCCCUACCUCUAGCUAUCCAUUAGGCUUGUCAUCCCGUAUCGGAGCUCCAAACAGGGUCGUGCCGAAUGUAAAAUUUGACGUAUCGUCGCUCCGUACAUCUGCACCCCGAGAAACAGCAGAGCAGGCCCUGGAACGGAAAUGGAAAACCUACUUUGGAGGCCAUAGCAUGUCAAGUGAUACCUCCUCAGCUUCGCGUCCCGGCAUUCCCAACCUCUCCCUCGGCAAGCCCACCUUCGGUGGCUACGUCUCGGCGCGGGAUCAGCUGAGAGCAUUCCGCCAGUCUGCCCAGCCUAGCCCAAGCCACGCCCUCCCCAAUGAGAUGUCGUUUUCUGCCUCCUCUACCACGGAAGCCAAGCUGCAGCAGAUGAGCGACUGGGUCAAAGACUUCCGUCGGGACGACAACACAACUACCUCUAAUGCCACUCCGCUCUCGGGCCGAUCCACAUCUGCGACGAGCCCGCCACAGGGCAGCGGGCGAAGAGCGCCCUCUACCAGACUGGAGCUGGACAGUAACAACCAGAUCAGAGUGCGAGAGUGCUAAGGGGAUUCCGUAUGCAUGACCAAGACUAUUUGAUGGGGGAAGAAUGGAAGAAUGAGAUGGAGCUUGGUUUGGGGGUUUGGGAAGAGGGUAGCUGUGAGUCUUAUAGUCGAGCAACGAGUGCCAUGUACUGUUGAGUACCGAGGUGUCAAGUACCACUCGAGUCCCAGUAGUUUGACCAUCGAGGAUGGGUACAGGUGUCCGAGUACAAGUACUUAUACCUCCAAAUACAAGGAUUGCGAAACCAAUCUCAGUACUUGGACCUCUGAGUAUGAGUGCAAGUAUGAGUACAAGUACAUGUAUGAGAAUGAUAAAAUAUUUGGAACUUGAGUGCAACUACCAAGUGCUAGUACUACAACACUGGCACCAGAGGUAUGCCCCUGCCCCUGCAAGGGUGGUUGGGAAGAAUGCUUCUCUUGAUAAGUUUGAAAUCUAUGCAUUCUCUUGCUUUGAAAUGGUCAUAUUUUAAGAGAAGUUAGGAGUCAAACUGUACAUUUUGUUUUGGGGUUCGUUUUGGGGAGGGGUGAACGGGGUGUUUAAACCUAAAGGUAGAUACAGAAGAAGAAAAAACCAUCUCCUCCCCUCAAUUCCAGUUAGGAAUAACGAUGAAGGGUCCAAUAUUUGGUUCCAAAAUGUUGAUUCUGAAAUGAACAACAAAAAGUAGUGGAGUGAAACCUGUUUUCAUGGCUGACAAACACCUGAAAUUUGGGGUAAUUUAUUUUCACUGCCCAUCCAGUAAAAACCUGCCACAGUGUUUUUUUUUAUUUCAAAAUAAUCGCAAGGUGUAGGGAGUUUGAUAUUUUGGGUUUUGUACUGUAAUUUGUUAUCAAAUGGUAUUUUGUACAUUUCUGUUUUUAUCGUAAACAAGUUAUGUAUGUACUAAGAUUUUCAGCAGGGUGUUUAAAUGACAAUACUUUUUCAAGCUUUGGAAGAUUUCAAUUCAAUCCUGUACCCUGGCUGCCCCACAUGUUACUACACAAAAGGUAGUUUUGACCUUUUGCUUCAUCUGCUAUUAAGUGCGUGUCUGAUGCAGUCUAGUUGUCACUGUGCUAUAAAAACAAAAUAUGAAAGCAUUUGCAGGAUUUCAUUUGGAAAGACUUUCAAUUCUUCAAAGCCAUAUACAAUCCACAGCUUGAUUGGUUGAUCAUGUCGGACAACUUUGUUACCAACAAAGUUUCCAGAAAUAUGUAACAGUCAUUCUGAUAUACAGCCAAACGCCACAAACACAGUUUUGCAAGAGUCAUUUCAACAGUAUUUGCAUGAUAUUUCUUGCCGAUGGUUCAGUACUCCGAGGUGUGCACUGGAGCGUAAAUUAUGCAAAAUGCCGUGCACAGCGGCCUCUUCAAGAUCAACACACGGUCUGCCUCCUCAGACUUCACUGACUGUACAAAAAGCAAGAGGGGUUAGCAUGUUUGAACGUCACCCGGAGGCGAGUCGAGGCAAUCUUGACGUUUUAACCCGGAAGCCUUGCCUAUGUAUAAAAACAGCCAGUGCGUGUUAUCGUGUCCUCUGACGCGAAUUGGGUAAGCCUACUUCUCCAAAAAUAAGCUCCGUAUUGUGGCAGAUUCCGUCACAAGUCUGUUUACAAGGUAAUCACAUGUCAAUCCACAAAUCCGGUCCCAAAUAAAAGGGCAUGAACAGUAAAAAUUUCUCUGUUAGAGUUCAUUUGAAUUGCUUGUUUAUUAUUAAUAUGUGAUUUGGGACUGGAUGACUUGCGAUUGACUUGUGAUGGGGCAUUUUAUGGAAAAUAUAAAUCUAAAUCUGGGAAAUAUAGAACUAAAAGACGUGGUAUAUUUAUUAUAAAAAUGUUGAAACAACACGCACUAUAAGAAAUGAAUAUUUAUAAAUUCCCUCACAUUCCUCAAAAUGUAAUUGUCAUUCCAGAAUUUCCAAAAUCUUCGAUCCACUUUCCCAAUAGGAGCUACGUGUAUAUAAUGUAUAUUUUGCAGGGUUUGUACAUGACAUGAACAAUUUGCCUUUAGUGUAAUUGAAACUAUAUUUUGCAACAAUUUUUUUAUGAGGAUUGUGAAUGAAUGCCUAGGUUUUGAGUCACAGACUGUAUAUAUUACAAGAGAUUUUCUUACCAUGAAUAAAGAGUGACUGUUGUGAUAGUAUC